AUGAUGGUUCGAACACUUUUGAUUCUCGCAGUUUUAAUACCGGUUGUGUACUUCUUACUUGUAAAAUAUCAGGAUGCAGAUUUUGUGCUCAUGAUUUACGAAGUAAUAGGUGAAAAUCCUGCUGUAGCGUUGCGUGGCAAAGUUGUGUGGAUCACGGGAGCUUCCAGCGGCAUUGGUGAAUAUCUAGCUUACGAACUGGCUAAAUGUGGCUGUAAGUUGGUGCUUUCUGCACGAAGAAAAGUUGAAUUAGAGAGAGUCAAGAAAAACUGUGCAGGUAGGACCAACACCUGAUAAAAUAAAUAUGAAUGUAAGUCUUUGGUGAUGGUGGUUAAAAUAGACCAAAAAGGUAAGCUUAAAUUAUACGUUAGCGUGGCCAGACUGUGCAAGUCAUGUGAAAAUAACCAGCUGAAUCACCGAGCCAUGUGAGUCACGCGAGCCAUGCGGAAGCUAUAACUCGACCCAGGCGUCUGUUAUCAUUUGUACGCGAUUGCGAAUCGUUUGCGGGAGACUAAGGAGCACAGUAUCUUGAUCUGCGAAGAUUGUAAGCCUGGUUUUCAUAUGUCGGGGAAAAUCCCAGACGAUCGGGGAUUUUACAGUUUUCCAACCGUCCCAGAUUUUGCCCAGUAAUGAAAACUCGAAAUCGUAGAUAUCUUGGAUCGUCUGGGAUGGCCAGGGACAAAUCUGAAGAAUCGGGAAAGACUUCCGGCGAUUAUUCAACAUAUUGACAAAAUCUGGGACGGUCGGCAGAAAAUGAAAUACCCGAUCGUCUGGGAAUUCCCGACACAGGAAAACAAGGCUUUAGACGCCACGACAGCGACGAGAACGAGAGCAUCAAAAAAGCAAUAGGUUGAAUAGGCAAAACAAGAAAGCUGCACGUACAUCACGCUUUUUUUUUUCAGUUACAUUUCUUUGCCGUCACUACACGAUUUCGAACGUUUUAUGGGGGACGUAAACAAGUGACGACGAAAUUUUUUUUCUCUCUCUGAACUUGGAUGUGGUUGUUAGGAAUUCGGCUCCAGAAGAGUUCGCUUGCAUUUGACAAAGAACGCGAGUUGAAAUAAUCCGGAUAGAGAUUGAAAGAACGCAAAUUCACUUUUUAAGGGACGUUUUCGUUGCCGUCGCCUAUAAUCACAAUUUUAACAAAUUCUCUAAUCUGACUGGGCUAUGAGCAGCCCUGGGUGGACCAUAAUGCACGCGCUCUUGAGUCUUUAAAUGUUUAGUAAGUUAUUCACUUAUUUUACGUCUCGCAAAAAGUCUCGGAAGGUCUUGUGUUGUAACCUGUGAAAUUUUCAAAAAUGCUUAAAUGAUUUCUGCCUUAUUUCGUGUCUAUCGCGAUCGCUUAUUUUGGGGAUAUUUGAGUCUCCAGCACCCAGCGUUAGAAGGCCGUGCUUUGGCCUGUGGAGGAGGAGGCAGAAAUUAUCACAUUAAAUAAAUGUUGGUAUUAAAAACUGAAUCAUUGGAUAAUGCAAUUCUAGAGCUCUGACUGGCUUAGCCAUCAUGGUAUAUGAGCCAUUAUACCAUGCUCUCAAAAUAUGGUAACUGUGCGCGUCUGCUCAAAAUUAAAAACAAGCUGAAAAUCGGUUGUUUUGACAAAUAAAGUCGGGAAGAUUUCUCGAUAUUUUGCGGGCGUUUUUGAUAAUUAUUCCACUCGAGGUUGUUGGAUAUGAGAUAAUCUCCUUAUGACGCCGCGCAUGUCCAUUACCUCACACGCACGAACUGCAUUAAUCAUACGUUUUUAUUUAUUUUUGUUUAUUUAUUUAUUUUGCCACUCAUGUCUAUCUUAUAUCAAUUCUGAAAGGUUAAAGUAGACUAGUAACAGGAAGACCUCUGCAAGAGAUAAACAUAGUUAGUAGUUACUAACUAUGAGAUAAACAAUCUUUGACGAGGAAUUCAGCGACAUAAAUAUCCUACUUGCAAGCGAAUGGCUUAUUAUAUACGUACUGAGCUCGAUCUUUAUACUAUGUCUUUUCCCAACGUAACAGCAAUUUCACUUGCCCUUGAUCCAUCGUUUAAUCAAGAUCAAGAUAUUCUAGUUCUUCCUCUGGACUUGCUGAAAUAUGACACUCAUGCAAUAUUGGCUCAAGAUGUCCUCAACCAUUUUGGAAAGGUAACGGGAAACAAGAAUAAGGCUUGCAAUAAUGGCUGGUCAAUAUAAUGGACAAAUAUUAUGACCAGUCGAGGGUACUGACAGUUAUUAAAGCUCAUUACAACGACCUAUGAGUAUUAAACAGUCAAAUCGUUGAAUGAGGCUUUGUUCAUGCAUACUAUACUGGAUAUCAAAAUAAUCUAGGUGGAGGUUGUCAACUGAUCAUGAGUACAGUUUUUUGUCUCGAUCUUGAUUCUACCGGAUAUAUCACCAAACUCGAAUCUAAUAAUUAUUGUUUUAUUACACAUAAUUCUUCAAAGAAAAUAACGUCAAACAAAACGUCUCACGUAAUACAGCUGAAUCAGUUUUCUUGGAAAAAUCAUGCCUCCGUUCGCAACCAACACAUUAGUCAGUUAUCGUAUCUGCUAGCAGAUACCUAACUUAUCUGAGGGUUGUGCUGCUUUCAAAAAUUAACUGUAUGCCCUUAGCAAUAUAAUAAUAACGAGUGAUAGUGAAGGUAAUGUGUAAUAUUAAUUAACAGUUACUGAAUUCGGCCUUCUUAUGAUCUGACAAACUUAUGCAGAUCAUACGAAAGCCGUAUCCAGUGAGUGUUUUAUUAUCCAUUCAAGAAAUUUUCAAACUUAAAACAUGCUUACCUCGAUCGAUUUUAACCCUCGGACGCACAAAGGGGGCGGGGGGGGAGGGGUGGUUGCCACCCCGUCCUGAGGUUUUUCUUUGACAAUAAAACAUCAGCACCUGAUGUUUUCAGUAGCUGUUCGUUUAUCCCUCGCACGCAUUUUGAGACAAGUUUAGUGAUGAUCAGUUACUAUGGCUAUGGUACGAGAUAUGACGUCAUAAGUAGCAGGUGGUCAAGCCAUUUUUGAGUGAAAGUACAUGUUUUCUCAACUUCUUUCAACAACUUAAAAGUACAAGCACAAAAAAUUACCAUUUCUUGCGGUUUUAGCCUGAUUUCCAAUUCUUGGUAAAAUCCUAGAUAAUUCCAUUGUUGGUGACGUUACAGGCCUCCAGUAGCGUUACCACCCAUAAAAUAUGCCUCAUCUUGUUGAGAAUUGAAGAUCAAAGGCUUUCCACUGAAGGCAAAAUCGCUUCCAAAUACUGCAACAUAUCAAAAACUCUAGGAAGGGGUUCCAUGAACAACCACCUCCCCCCCUUCCUUGUACCGCGGUGGGGGUAUGAAUUUUCGUGUACGUCCGAGGGUUAAGUCUGAUCGAUGUUUAGCAGAUAUUCCUCAAAUAGCAGUUGAAUAGCCGUUGAAAUGUAUUUUUGCUGUUCUUGCUGUGUGUUUAGGUAGAAGUUUAUCCCGUCGUAAAACGUGUGAAAUUUUCUGCCAUUUUCUCCAGCUCUAUAUAAAAAAAAACUCAUGAACUAACACAAGCUCAGAUUCCCAUAACCAGGGUUUCUCGGUUGCUGUCCCUUUUUUGGGCGAUAGCCUGAACUUUGGACGUCAUUUUACCGGAUAUCAUGAAGAAUUAUAUUAGGUAAGGCAUUUGAGCAAGUAAAGAAACGGAGCAAUAUUUUGAAUGAAUAAUUAUUACAAUUAGUUAUCUCUCAUAAGUUAACAACCAAUUAUAGUACAGUCAAUAUCAAGUUCUUUCUCUCUGAUAUGUUACUUCACCUGAUCUUUCUUUUCAUGCAGGUUGAUGUCUUGGUUAAUAAUGGUGGGCGGACACAGAUUAGUUUGAUAAGAAAGACUUCCUUGGAAGUCGACAGAGCUAUUCUGGGUUUAAAUACUGUUGGCACUAUUUCCUUGACCAAAGCGAUUCUUCCCCACAUGAUCAAACGCCGUGAGGGACAGAUUGUUAUUGUGAGCAGCCUUAUUGGAAAGUAUGGUAAUCUUGCUUUCAAUCAGUACAUUAACUCAUAUUAAAUACCUCUAGAGCUGAAUUCCAUUCUCACGCUAAAUUUUAUAUUAUGCAGCUUGUGUUGUUAGAAUUAUUUAAUUUUUUUUUUCAUUUUUUUUUUUCCCGCAGGGUUCCCUUAUUUCAAUACAUACUCUGCUAGUAAACAUGCAUUGCACGUACGUAUUCGACUGGCAGAGCGAUUUUCGUAUGACCUUGAAAUGAAUACGCGCGAGCAAAGUAGAAACAACAAACGAACGGAAAUAUAGCGAUUUGUAACAAUUAGUUUAUCGAACAGAUACAAACGUGCGUGGCUUUUGGUUGGUUAAGCGAACGCUCGGGUGAAAAAACUUCAUGCCCGAGAACUUUCUAGAAAUCAACCGAUACUUCGCUUUGACGUCAUACUACAACAUGAUUGGCCAAUGGAGCAAUGCCCUCUCCAUAUUAGGGGUUUCUAUGGCAGAAAAACGAACUGGCCAUGUUUUGAUCUUUUGAUCCAUUGGCUGAUAAAACAAAUAACGAACACUUACUGAAAACAUUUUCAAGGUCAUACGAAAAUCGCUCUAACAUUAUUAACUGUUUUCAUUGAUAUGCUUGCGCCGAAAUGGACUGGCGCGCUAUACGUAAAUUUCCACGUUUUUCCGCUAGUGACCUUUGUAUCACCCUCGGGUAUUGAGCUUAGUAUUUAUACGCCAUAGCAUCGUCAGAUUGCUCUCAUAUGCGUUCAUGUCCCAAGAGUUCUCUUCAGACUUUUGUUUUUUGCCCCUCCCUCCUCCCCUCGUGUGCCAUAGAGGUGCAGCAAAGCAAUGAAAUUUGUUUUACUGUUAAUUUUGCAUGUUUAUGCUUCCUGUUCAGCCUGAUUUUGCAGACAUCAUGGUAGUUGUAUUUAGUGAUGAUUAAAUGUCAUACUCGUUCUAAUUACUAUAAAAUUGAGUGGUUCAAGUUAAACUACUACAAGGCAAAAAAUAUUUCCCUUUAUAUUUUGGCAUUUUUUGAAAGUGCUGCAAAGUUUCAGAAUUGUGCAACCCAGUUGUCCCUUUCAUACAUAUGGAGUGACAUAUUGCAUACAUUUCAUCUAAAAUAGGAAUCUUAAAGUUCAUGGAAAUUCAGUCAUGAACCGCUACUUCCAAGGCACCCCUUAUUUAUCGUCUAGGUAAAAAUAUAGCAAUUAUUUCCUGUUGAAAUCAGGAUAUUAAGGCUAUGUCCAGACUAUAUUAGAUAGCUAUAAAAAGAAACACUUGUGAGGGCAAAAACACAAUGAAAAACCAGUGAGGAUCCUCCGGAUCUUCAGUAGACCUGGAUCCGUAAAAUCUUGAGUAUACCAAAUUUUAAAUUUAAUGCAGUAAACUGAUCCUUACGGCAGGAAGAGUGAUAGAAAAAAUAUACAAAGAAAACAAAAAUAAAGUGGUGAAUUAUAUUUGCCCGACAUUUCGGUUUGCAACACAACCUUCAACGGAGGCUACAAAAGGAACGCCGUCCCAGGGCGGCACAAGUCGUUCACACACAUCGAACAUCGGGCCGGAGCAGCGCGCUGGCCGAAAGGGUUUCGUGCAAGGCUAAAUUCCGGUCCUCACUCCUGGAUAUUUACUUCCGCUUCAGUGGGUUCCAGGACUCGCUCUUUUUACUUCCGCGAUGGGCCAAAUAGAUGUUCACAAUGCACCAAAGUAUGGCACAAAACCUUGUCACAGAAAUCGCGCCGACCUCACUGUUAUUAUGAAUCCCCAUCCGGUAUGAUUUUUGUGGUGGCGAAAAAGUUAUUUGGUAUAGCUAGUGUGAACAUAUCCUAAUUUCUUUACCAGGGUUACUUUGACACAGCUCGCCUUGAGUUGAUGGAGUACAACAUUGGAGUCCAAAUCAUCUGUCCAGGACCUGUCAUUUCGGACGUAUUUAAGAAUGCCUUUACUAAAGACAUCAACAGGGUAAAUAGAUUUGUUUAGAAUUUUUUAAUUAGUUUCUUUUUAAUUAGUUCUUUGUAAUUAGAGUAAUAACUGUCUUGAAUGAAAAAAACAACAAAAAAAAAAAACAGAGUUGAUAGAGUUUUGUUAUCAGAGAGUUCAGAUUCGGUGACGCGUCCUACUAUGAUGACGGCGGCAUCUAAGUUUCUGAGUUUCUCCGUAUUUUCUAGGAAUAGACACCCCGAAAAGCUUCAUUGUACUUUUUUUGUCACCACAAAAGUUAGUACGCUUAUUUCUAUCGAAGGAGGUAAAACCCUCUCCCGAUCGCUAAAUAAUAAAAUUUCUUAAUAUUUGAUAAGUUGUUUUCGUGACUACGACGUUCUCGUUAUAAUUAAAACCGUAGUAGAAUGGCGACGGCUAUCACAUUUCCCCGCCAAAGAACGUUGGCUCACGCGUUCUCUAAUCAGUUUUGAGAAUAUCUAGUGCUCGUAGUCGUCUUCAUCGUAGAAUCUAUACAAAUGUGAAACAUGCAUAUGUAUGUACACCUCCUUAACUAUCAUAUUUAUAUAGACUUUCUUACCUCUAGGCUGAAAGAUAAAAUUCAUAUACAGAUAAAUUAAGUGUCUCCUUCAUAAGGAUAACAAGGGGAAUGGGCCCAAAUGUGCACAAUACAGAAGUGAUGGUAUGAAAACCGCGUGGGCGCUACGGUAGAUACCGUAAACUUCAGCUUGUAAGCGCCCCACCCCCACCCCCCUCCCCACCCCCACUCAUAAGAGGGUCUCAAUGGGGUGGUGGCUUUUACGGUUAUCGGCUAAAAUUUUGGCUAUUUUACGGCUAUCGGUUAAUUUUUUUCAGUUACGGUUAACAAAAAAAUUAAAAAUUAACUUCCUUUGUUUCAAAAAGUUAAAUAUUAAUUAACCUGUAUUUUUUGUAUCUUUAAAUCGAAAUAAGAGGGUCUGGAUGGGGGGAAGUACAAAUGUCAGUUGUCAGUUAAAAUUUCGGCCAUUUGUCAGGUGUCAGUUAAAUGUUGGGCUUUUGUCAGUUGUCAGUUAAAUGGUUAUUAAUGAUUAGCUAUGAAACUUAUUUGGAUAUUUUUAAUGCAACAUUUGGCUUAAAAGGCACAUAUAAUGUACAUUAAACAUUAAAUUCCAAAACUGAUGCAAUAGUACCUUAAUUUUUAAUCAGUUUUGCUAUUGUAAGCAUUUCAAGUGGCCCUCCUUUUUCCCAAGUCUUGUGUUACUCUCCUCCACUCAAACGUUUUUGCUGGCCAGAGUCCAACAUAGCAGCCAAUCAUUAAGCCAAUCAAAAUUUAUAACAUCACAAUAUUGAUACGCAUUAUGCGUGAGUCGUACGACUAUGGACUAAAGACAACGAUCUCACGCAUCAAGGACAAUUUCUCACGCCUGACUCACAAAUCCCUCAUUCUGAUCAGCCAUUCAGAGGAGCGUAAAUUUGAAAUCAUAGGUCAUUUACAACAGAUGAUAUAUGACACACAUGGGUUUUACAGUAAAAUCAUUGACGAAAUAUGACACUUAAGCGUCUUGCUGCUAAGAUUACCCCUAAAAACGCACAUUUGAUCACAUUGUCUGAUGAAAGGAGUGGAACAAUGCUAUUUAAGGUCUUAAAAACGGGUGUAGAAACUAAGGCCGGACAAUCAGGUCCUUUUGGUUUUGUCAGUAAAACCCAAGGCAAAUGUCAGUAGUCAGUUAAAUUUUCGUCUAUUUGUCAGUUGUCAGUUAAAAUUUUGGCCAUUUGUCAGUUGUCAGUUAACCCCACCCAGACCCUCAAAUAAGGUCUUCAGAUCAUCUCGGGAUGAAACAAACUAUUCUUUUGAAAAAUUUUAAUAUUUGAUAGAUCAUUCUUUUUAAGAAGUAUUUCACUUCUAAUAUUAUUUUGUACAUAGAAAUGUCAAUAGUCAAUUUAAAAAUAAUCUUUGUGAAAAAGCAAAAGCGGACACGCAAACGCCCAACUCAAGGCCGGGGCGCGACAUUCAUUAUAACAGAAAUGGCCGUUUUCAUACUAGAGACGGAUUACUCGUGUGAGACGGGUUAUCCGUUUGAUGAUUCGCGUCGGGUAGGUAAUACUUCGUAAUUUGAAAAUGGAAUAGUAUUAAUUUUGAAUGAACAAUCCGCCUGACUUUAUCCGUCAAUUUCGACGGACAGUUUCAAGACGGGAUUAUCCGUUCCAGAUAGCCUGUGUACAGCCGCCCCCUCUCCUCAGAAAAAAUAGGAGAAGGGGUGUCUGUGAGGAGGGCGCUACUUUACACAGGCUAGUCUCAGACGGAUAAUCCAUCUCUAGCUCUAGCGUGAAAACGGCCAAUAACAAAAUUCCCGUGUCCGGUGUUUUUAAUGAUAGCGAAGGACUGUACGGAACGACUGUCUACCGUUGCCUUGUCCGUAGGCCUCAUUAUUCCGCGCGGCUAAUGCGUUUCGGGUCACGUGGUCCUAGCGAGUUCGCCACCGAAAUGCCUUGACCGAGAUUGCGUGGGAAGACGCCGUACAGGGACGGCAAUGUCUACCGUAGCGUCAGAGAAAAACAGGGAAAUAUUGUUUAUCGGCAACGCGUUUUACAAACAGUGACAUCUCUGUGUAUUGUUUCACUAGUGUUUUGAGGGCACGACCUCCUGAAAAUAGCAAAUAUUAAUCCCCAGCAAGAAGCCACACUUUCGCUAUGGAAAAAAUUAGUUCCCCGAGAGAGUGGAGGAAAUGGAGCCUAGGUCUUGGUCAACACCUAAAAGGCGCUUCACCUAACGUACGUACGGAGUCUCACUAGCCGGGAAAUAAAAAACGCAACCAUAAGUGAGUUUUGUAACUCCCUUAAAAGUGGCAAAUCUAGGGAACAAUUUCUUUUACGGUUAACUCUUUUUUACUCGAUUUACGGCUAACGGUUAAAAUUUUUCAAUUUUUACGGCUAUCGACUAAAUUUUUGGCCUUUUUACGGCUAUCGGUUAACCCCAUUGAGACCCUCUCAUAAGAACCACUCGUUGAAGGCCAAUCGACCGGCAAACAAAAAAGACAUUCCGUUAUACCCCCUCCCCCCUCCCCCCUCUAUCUCCGGGUAUAAGUCACCCAUUAGCCUCCAUCGAGAUGAAUUUGCUUUUUUACGUCGUUUUAAAGCCAAAAAAAGAGAGUGAAUUCAAAGAGAAUUUUGAUCAGCACUAUGAAGUUUAUAACAACAUAAUUAUUUUUCUAACUUAUUCUGUUUAGUGAAUCGAAGUAUCAUGAGACCAAAUGUACCUCCGCAUACAACAUUAUUUGUUUGUAUUUUAGCCUCUUGAUGCAUUGGUAUUGUCAAACGUUAUGAAGAGUUUGCCAUUGAUGUCGACUGAACGCUGUGCAAAGUUGAUGGCAGUAAGCAUGGCAAACAAUUUGGAUGAAGUCUGGAUAGCAAACCAUUCAGUUCUUGUACCACCUUAUUUAAACCAGUACUUUCCAAACUUCUUUAGAUGGUACGUUUGACUUUGUGUUUAGCGACAAUAGGAAGCCCAAGCCACCAAGACGAUGGUGGCAACGAGAACGUCAAAAAACAAUACGGAAUUUAAUAAGCAAAAGACAACACUGUACGACUCGAUCGACGACGUGAAACGUCCUAAUGCGAUGUCUUAUGAACGGACAACGACGCGUUUUCCUCUCCUAUUUUGAACUUUGAUAGGGUGUAUAGGAAUUCAUGCAGUUUAUGGAAAAUUCGUCUACACUUAGCAAAUUGCGCGAGGCUAAAUAAACGCCACCGAGUUUGCAAGAACCAAUUUUAACCUCAUCAACUCGAACAAGGACAGCCAUUGGUCAGUAAAGACAAUUAUCCCUAAUCCCAGAAAUGACAUUUUAAUCCACAAUUUUACUUACCUUACCACAGAUUGUUAAUAGCAAGCUUACAACAUUGACCAUCUCACUAAGCCCUCCCUCGUCUGUUCUACCCUUAGGAAUUCGAAGAAGUCUUUGAUGAAGGUGACAAGACAGGUGUUUGACCUUCCUGAAGACAAGGCCUGA